CCUGGCUGGGCCGUACGUUCGUUCGAUAAGAAUGUCAUACAGAUGGCAUCACAACUUUCCGAAAAUAGCAAGAGAAGCUGGUUUUACAAUACGUGAGCUUUCCGCGGGACAUUGCAUCGAUUGGCGUUUCAUUGCUUCCAUCGAUCCUUACGGUAUUGUGAGUGAGCAGGAUUAUGAAAAACUGGAUGAGUUCAUUCCACACAUUUCGGAAGUGCCUAUCGGGAACGUGUUAAACAAUCGGAUCCUUGAUCCUGCGAUCGGAAAGUACUUCAUUCUUGCACAGUUUAGUAUUCAGUAUCUGUUGUUUUGCAAGCAGUUUCUAGAUGAGACAGUGCUGGAAAUUAGAAAAACCAUACAAGGCUUACAGGAGGAAAAUGUGCGACUCGAAAAAAUGAACAAAAAACAUAACGAAGAAGUAACAUUGCUACAAAGAAAAUUGCACCGUAACGAAACUAUGGAACAUCAACACGCGCAGUCAGUGGCAAGCGUAAUUUAUCCAUGUUCAAGAUGUACAAAAAAUUUCAUCAGUCCGGAACUGUUGAAUGCGCACGUAGUACGAAAGCAUGCAAAUAUUGUACGACCACCAGACGCUACGUUCGAUCGUAAGCCGUCCACUACGGAUACCAACCUGAUUAAUACCAUUAAACUUGAGCUGGAGGUGAAACAACUUAAGGAACGACUCAAUGCUGCUGAAAAGGACCUUCAAAAUCAUCGCACGAAACAUCAUCGGUGUCGCGUUUGCUCUGAGGACAGUAGCAGUGCAAUGGAGAAACCUCCAACCAAAGUACUUCACAGCAUUGGAAUACAAAGUAACCUUACGGAUGACAAGGAUUUAAACGACAAAGAAGCACAAACGCAAACAAACAUGCUAAUUACGUUGGAAUCCGACCCAUUACACGAUAGCAAACCACCAGAACGGAUGCCUCCCUCAGCAGACCUUAUUUCAAAAUCCGAUUUGCAAACGUUUUUGGAGGAACAAAAGGAGCUCUUUGAAAUCUGGAAAGCUGGUGAAAGAAAAAUUUUCAACCAGGAACUUGCAAUCGUGAAACAGGACCUAGUAGAUGUAAUUCAAAGCAUGGAAAAGUCAGAAAGAAAUACUCCCAUACCGGUCACGGAAGAGAGCGUUUGGAAGGAUCGGUAUCAAGAGUUGGAAAAGAUGUACGAAAAAAGUCAAAAGCAAGCCCAACAAACGAUCGCGUCAUUCGAAGGAGUGUAUGCACAAAAGAUGGAAGAGAUGGAGAAACUGCUACUCGAUUCACGUGCCUUAGAACACGAUACCGAUCAGCACCAUACCCGCGGGACUCAUUUUAACCAUAGUGUUCCACACCAUCCGACCAUUUUGAAAGUGGUUACUCUUCCAACGGUUGCCAUAGAAGGUGAAUCGGUGGCAGAACGCACCAUGGAGGUAGUGGAAAACGACCAUAGUAGCAAUGUGAACUCUUCCGAAUCAGAACAAGUCGAAAGUGGCAAAGAAAUACGUCCAACAGUUCAACAGGUUACAAAACUAACUCAGCACACCCCACGUGUCGUAGUUGCUACACCAGAAUCGGACACCACUAAAGUUUCCAUACCAAUAUCGCUAUCUUCCCAAAAGGCUUUACUAAUUUCGCCCAAAAAACAAAUUUUGAGUCAGUUCCGUGCACGCCUGAAAGCUAUUGGAGUUGAUCCCCGGUCGAAGCAGCUGUUUGGUGAGCAUUUGAAUGCUGCCUACAAAGCAUUAGCAGACCGACGAGAAGUUCAAAAGCAAAAGUACAACCAUUUCUUCGUCACCCGUAAUCAAUUGCUAUCGAAGGUGGAUCAAUUAGCGCGAGGUAAAGUAGAAGAAACUCCCCAAACGAAGGUAACCGUCAGUAAAAUGGCCGUAGAUCAACCGAUCCUGGUGAGGAAAGGAAUGCAUCCUUCUACCUCCAAAGUGCCCCUAAAUCAACCUCGUCGAAAAUUAUCCUCCUCCGCACUGGAAUUACUUCCCUCGAAGCAAAAGCUACUCCUUCCAGACAUGGGCACAGUUCAGUCAACCGAUUCGAAUGUGUCAUCCAAAGGGAAAAUUUCCUUUGUGCCUGGAGCCCAGGCGGGAUCAUUGUACAAGCCAACGAUAAAAAUUAUCGAUGACGAUAUCAUCACCGUUCAUGCGGACGUGUUGCAUUUUCCGGGUCAGGAAGAAACCAUCGUUGUACCCAACCAGUCCAAACGUGCUUCUAUUUCUAGCUACGAUCAGCAAGUAGAACGGUUACUGCAUACUCCGAUUAAAACCAUUCAUCCGGCCAUAUCUACGACCAAAAAGCUGGGGUCCGUUUUGGAUAAAGAAAAUCCACCGGACGACAUCAGUGGGUUUGUUGAAAGCGUGUCAACAAUGCAAACGAAACCAGUCCCUAAAAAGCGUGUACUGUUUAACUUAGAUAGCGCAGAUAAUGUUCAAUCUGCUGGAGCAAUUUCCCCCAGCAUACAGCAACAAACAGCAGAAGAAUAUUUACGAUCACAACAAAGCUAUCAGUCCCAGAAAGCAAAGGUAGACGAUGAAUCCGAUUGGAAUAUUAGCAGUUUCGAUGAAGACAAAUAA